AUGAAGAAACUGGAAUGCACCAACCUCCAGGGAGCCAAGGCCGAUGCUCCGAGGUACGAGUUGGAAGGGCCUGAACCACCAGACGUCCGUGCUACUACUACGGUGCGGGUGACGGUGGUCAAGGAAUUCAUGACGGACGCGCAGUGGAAGGCGGCGCGCCAGAGGCCAGGAGCCGUGGCCACUGGCGAUCUCGACAAAGACGCCAUCAUGGCGGCAGAAGCCUUCUCGGAGGUUCUGGAGGCUGGAGAACUGGUGGCGGUUACGGGGUAUCUCACAGUGGCCACGGCGGGGUUGCACCCAGUCUUGGCCGCCAGCGGAGCCCAUGGACGAUUCUUCCGAGUGCUUGCCAAGGAGCGCUCGAGCCCCGACGUGCCCGUUAAGUGGAUCAAGCGCUUCGACGACAACAGCAUCGACUACUUCAGCAGGGUCCGCGGUCUGGUGGCAUCAAUGGCACCCUCAAGCAAUGCAUGCAUGGUCUUGCGAAACGGCGGGGGCAACAACCUCGGCGUUGUGGGAGUUGACGUGGAUGACGCUAUGGCGGUGGCGGCCCGGAAGCCGCCGCCCAAGCGGAAAAACCCCUUCGAGGCCAUCGACCCGGGCUCCAACGGAGGUGAUUGCGGUUACAGGGCGCUGGCUGCUGGUUGGGCGUUGCUCGGAGACGUCGCCAAGGCCAACCGGGAGACCACACUGCAACCAGCCAAGCUCGAGAGGAUGGCGAAGACCUUGCGGGCGCAACUGGCCCUGCGCAUCGACAGCCACAGGGAGUACUUCGAAGAUUUUUGGACGCACGUGCCCAUGCGGCUUGACAAAGAAGACGGAGACAUCCCGACCACGUGGGAAGAAUAUGUGAAAGCAAACAACAGACCGAAGCGUUGGAUCGACGGGCUGUCAUGCCAGGCCGCCUGCGACCACUUCAACCGACACAUCUACACCUACACAGGGGUGGGUAAUGAGCUGAAGGACGUGAACUGGGUCGACAAGGUGACUUGGUUCCCGACGGGCCCAGACGCUCAACGAACGGCGUUGCUGCAACCUGCCCUCCAUGUGGGCCUCUGGAGGGACCAUUGCUACAUUUUAUUACCAGACGACGGCGAGAGGCACAAGAAGGAGACCAAAAGGCCGAACAAGCAGCAGAUCGAGGAGCGCAUCCAGAAAGCCUGCCGACACAGUGGCUCGCCCAGGAAGGCUGAUGCUGAAUCCGACUCCGAGGACUCCUGGAUGACGAAUUUGGCCCGCACCGCGGAGCGCACGGAGUGCAACCACGGCCACGCCCAAACCUACGCCGAAUGGGCGCGACAUCCCGACGGGGUCAGCGACUACCAUGGAGACGCCGAAGGCACGGACUAG